ACCUGAUCCGCGGCAUGGGAACCCCCAUCCAGCAGCCAUCCGGUGUGCAUGCAGAGCCUCGCAGCCCACCCAGCCUUGUCAGCCUCAAUUUCCCCAACCGUUCCAUCUCGGCCGACUUCAGCUUCAACUUCACCCGCUAAAGUACCGAGACCCAUGUACCCGUCCACCCCCAGACCCAACCCACACCGCCGACCGAACCCAACCCAACACACCCCGAGCGCAUCCCAUAUGAGACGGUGAAAACGCUCCGACCUGCCUACCUAUCCGACGACCAAUCCCCUCGAACCCUCUCCCUCCCGAUCCCCAAAAUAACAUAUAGAAUUUGACUUCAAGAGAGCAACGACCAUGGCGGACAGAAUCGGCGGCUUGACGCCGACCACCGUGCUGCUGUCCACCAGCAUCGUGGCCUUCCUGUCGGGGUUCAUGCUGGGCAUCUACUCGAUCCGGGGGUACCUGCUGGUCUCGCCGGCGCUCGAGUCGGAGCGCCGCGGCCACCUCGAGGACCCGGUCGAGAGCGACGAGUCCGACGUCGACGUCGACGACACGCCCCUCGACCACGCCCCCAACUGGGCCAACGGCGUCGACGCCGACCUCCGCGACGGCCUCCGCGCGCGCCCGCCCAAGGCGCCCAAGAAAAAGAAGAAGCCCAAGAAGGAGACCCAGACCAGCGCCCCCGCUCCUGCUCCUGCUCCCGCUCCUGCCCCCGCUGCCGCUCCUGCCCCCGCUGCCGCGCCUCCGACCCCUACCCCUACCCCUGCUACACCCGACGACGACGACACAGACGACGACGACGGCAAGCACCUGAACCUCGCAGCCGCCGGCGCGAGCCCGACCGAGGAGUGCAAGUUGGUACUCGUAGUGCGGACGGACCUGGGCAUGACGAAAGGCAAGAUAGCCGCGCAGUGCUCGCACGCGACGCUGGCGUGCUACAAGCAGGUCAGCGACGCGGCGGGGCGCGGGUCGGACGAGGCGGCGCGGCUGCUGGCGCGGUGGGAGCGGCUGGGCCAGGCCAAGAUCGCGGUGCAGGUGCGGUCGGAGGCGGAGCUGCUGGCGCUGCGCGCGCGCGCGCGCGCGCUCGGCCUCCCCGCCGCCGUCGUCCGCGACGCCGGCCGCACCCAGAUCGACCCCGGCACCCUCACCGUCCUCGGCGUCGGCCCCGCCCCGCGCACCGCCGUCGACCAGGUCACCGGCCACCUCAAGCUGCUGUAGGCCGCGCCAAAGUUGCCCUGCCGCAGGGCAGGUUAGAAGAGAGCAUGCUCCGCGCCGUGGGACAGCGGAUGGGCGGCGCAUACGCCGCCGGCGGAUUGUGGCUGGGUCGCCAGGAGCGGCAGGCGCGUGUAGAGAGGCGUCCCCCGUAUCCCGGCACCGCGUGUGGAUGGCGGGGACUCUCGUUCAGUCGGAUAGCGACGGCGCGUGGGGAAAUCUUGGGUGGGACCUAAGAGAAGUGAAAAGCACAUAGACUUGACUUAAGGGGGCACGCAAAUAGACUCGGGCAUUUAUGUACAAACCAGGCGCAGGGUUGCAACUCGUCAGCAGGCAGGCAUUACACAUCCACCAGUUUAGGAUACCUCAACUGCUGGGGAAGGAAGGCAAUUAAAAGCCUCCCGAAACAGAAGCAUUUCUAGUCCACCCUCGUUUACGAAGCGUUUAUUCAUUAGCCAUCCCGCGUGUAUCUACAGUGGCGGAAGA